AUGUGUUCCAAAAAUGUUAUCCCUAUUAGUGUUUGUUUUAUGCGUUUUAUACGCACAGGCCACUUCAUUCUAUUUGGAAGAUGCAAAACUACCUCUGAAAGACGUUGUGAACAAAUACGGAUAUCCUUUGGAAGUACAUACAAUCAUCACACCUGAUGGGUACAUCUUGGGAACGCAUAGGAUAAAACAUGGAAGAAAGAGCAACACCACAAACAAAAAUCCGAUUUUGCUCGGGCAUGGUAUGGGCGCCACAUCGGAAAGCUUUCUGGCUCUGGGAAAAAUAUCCUUGCCAUAUUAUCUCGCAGAUCAUGGUUAUGAUGUUUGGAUAAUGAAUGCAAGAGGGAACUUCUUCUCGAGAAAUCACACUCAUCUAAAUCCAGAUAAUGAUAGACAGUUUUGGAACUUUCGGUUGGACGAAAUAUGUUUGAUCGACUUACCAGCAAACAUCGAUUACAUUUCAAAUGUAACGAAAGAAAAAGCUCUUUUUUACGUUGGUCAUUCUCAAGGGACAACUGCCUUUUUCAUGUUGACAAGUGCCAAACCAGAAUACAACAAGAAAUUUAAACUGGCCAUCAGUAUGGGACCCUCGGUGUUUUUAAGGUUCAAUGAAGUCAUUACUGGGUUACUACCGUAUGGAGCACCAGCACUGAGUCUUGUAGAAAGUUUUAAUUUUUUGGAGCUAUGCACGGAUAUGAUACGCGAAUCAAUUCGCGAAUAUUGUUCGACUCCCAUGUUUGAAACUGUGUGCUUACAAUCUUUUAAUUUCUUAUCCGACGCUGAAUUUCCAAAUGAUAAGAACCUUCUCUUUUGGAUAUUGCGUACCAUACCUUCUGGAUUAUCCAUAUAUCAGUUAAAACAAUACGUACAGUUUACUACAAGUGGAUUCAGAUACUAUGAUUAUGGAAUUCAAGGUAACUUGAAACACUACAAUGCCCCAUACCCUCCAGAGUAUAACAUACAAAAUUCUAAAGCUCCGUCGGCUUUGUUUUAUUCAGAUAGAGACUGGAUAACUUCACCAGAGUCGGUACGACUGUUGGGCGAAUCUCUCUCGAAUGUAAUCAUGUAUAGAGUUCCAUUUGCGAAUUUUACUCAUUUUGACUUUAUUAUUCACCCUGAUGAUGUAAGACUGGUAUACAGACCCAUGGUUCGGUUAAUGGAAAAAUAUAAAUAACCUUGUAAAUAAAUAUAUUGCUUACAAA